AUGGAGCUCGCUUACUGUUUGGAGAAACUUGGAGCCUCGGGGCGGUGGGCUUUUGAGGAAUUUCCCAUCCCGACGUUGGGGGGUGGAUUUUGCCGCCAGCAAUGCAAGUUCGAGUCCAGUUUAUAUGCUUCCACCGCGAGGGGAUUCAUGACUGACGCAAAGGAGCUGGGUUACAUGAAUCCCUUAAGUGGGAUAAAGCAAUGCAAAUUCAUCAAACAACUCCAUCAGCUUCAUGCUCAAUCCAUUACCUCCGGUCUCCUUUUCCUUCAUCCUUCACAUUUUUUGGACACUAUUCUUCAUACUUUCGUUUCCAUUCUCAUACCCGCUAACUUAGCCAAAUCUGCAAGUUUCAACCCAUCGAGCUAUGCACUCUCUGUUUUCCGUUCCAUUCCCAACCCAUCAACGUUCUCGUACAACAACCUCAUUCGAGUCCACAGUCUUCUUUCCACCCCUCUCUGCGCCCUCCAAAUCUUUACCCUGAUGCGGCGUCUCUGUGUUCCCCCUAACUUCCACACCUUCCCAUUUGUCCUCAAAGCCUGCGCUCAACUUCGUGUUCAUGCUCUCUCACAAUCCAUUCAUUCACAAGCUCUCAAGUUCGGGUUCGUGGCCCAUUUGUUCGUGCUGAAUUCUCUCGUUCAUGUUUACUCUAUCCACAACCGUAUCGAUGAUGCCUACCAAGUGUUUGCGGAAAGUUCUGACAAGGAUGUUGUCUCUUACAAUGCCAUGAUUGAUGGGUUUGUCAAGACUCAGCAGAUUACGCGGGCACGUGAGAUGUUUGACCGAAUGCCAGUACGUGAUGCUGUGUCUUGGGGCACAAUGAUUGCUGGUUAUACCCAGGCUAAUUUGUGCAAUGAUGCACUUGAACUCUUCAAUAAGAUCCUUGUUUUAGAACUUCGGCUAGACAACAUCGCAUUGGUCUCCGUUCUUUCUGCUUGUGCUCAGCUGGGGGAAUUAGAACAGGGAAAAAUUGUUCACGAGUACAUUACCCGAAAUGGUAUUCGAGUUGAUUCCUUUUUAACCACUGCUUUGGUGGAUUUUUAUGCCAAGUGUGGAUGUCUUGAGGCCGCAAGGACUAUAUUCGAUUCAAGUGCUAAUAAAAAUGUGUUUACGUGGAAUGCAAUGCUUGCCAGCCUUGCGAUGCACGGGAAAGGUUCAAUUUUACUGGAUUACUUCUUUAGAAUGAUUGGAGCUGGAAUUCAACCUGAUGGAGUGAGCUUCCUAGCUGUUUUAAUGGGAUGCAGCCAUGCAGGUCUGCUUCAUGAAGCUCGGAAGCUCUUAAAUGAAAUGGAACCUGUAUAUGGGAUUCCUCCGGAGCUCAGACAUUAUGGUUGUAUGGUGGACAUGUUAGGGCGGGCAGGUUUGAUUGGAGAAGCAAUGGAACUCAUAAAAGGAAUGCCAUGCGGUGGGGAUAUUUUUGUGUGGGGAGGAUUGCUCGGAGGAUGUAGGACUCAUGGGAACCUUGAGAUUGCAAAGAAAGCAGCCCAACAAGUGAUGGAGAUAAAGCCAGAAGAUGGCGGGGUUUAUUCCAUCAUGGCCAAUCUUUAUGCCUACACAGGGCAGUGGGAUGAUGUAGUCAAGAUUAGAAGAUUGUUGAGUGCCAAUAAGAGGGCCAAGAAAAUCAUUGCCUUUAGUUUGAUUAGAUUGAAUGACGACCAUGACCUUGAGUCUGAGAAUGCGGACAGCAUGACAUCCUUAAACUGA